AUGGCGACAACAUCGAAGAAACCAUUGAAGUUCCGCAACUACAGACCUGCCGAUGCAUCGCUUGUCAGUCUGUCAACUGCGACAUCAACAGGGAGCGGGCUUGUCCCGACAGGAGCGAAGAGCGUGGAGGACAGUGCUGCAGGCGUGCCCCGCCCGAAUGAAGUGCGGCCGCCGCCAGCGCAUGCAGAAAAUAAUCAGGGGGAAGAGCAGCCCAAGAAAGCAGAAGAUGUGAAGAAAGACGAAGAAGACGCCAUACAACGGGAGUUGAAACGACAUGAAGCGGAGCACGGGAGCGGGGGUCAACUUAAAGUCGCGCCACGGAAGGCGAACUGGGAUCUGAAGCGCGACGUGGCCAAGAAGCUUGCAAAGCUGAACCGUUUGACACAGAAAGCCAUAAUAGAGAUUCUUCAAGAAAAGCUGGCGCAGGAGGCGGAGGAGGGAAGCACAAGUGAGAAUGAUGACGACAUGAGUAAAGAGGGCGACGAGUAA